GAUUACCAACCCCAAGCUCCGUUUACCCCCGCCCACGCCCUGAACGCGCCAGAACUUUCUGCCAUCUCCGUGAUUUUCCCCUUUGUCUUUGUGCUCUCCUUUUGGUCUUUUCUUUCUCUUUUGGUUUCGGCUUUUUCUCUGUCAUAUACACACGCACACCACCCCCCGACAUGUAUCGCAGCGCCGUCCGGUCGACGCCCCGCGCCCUGAGUGCCGCCCGCCAGUCGGCAAUCCGCACUGCCCCUCGACGAUUCGCCUCGACGUCACCCGCCGACAAGCCCCGGUCAUGGAAGGGCUCGGCAUUGAGAUGGGGUCUUGCCGCCGGCGCCGUUUACUGGUAUAACACCAGUCCGGUCUUCGCAGAGGAGCCUCUCCCUCGAACGAUCCCGGCCCCGUCCCAAUUCUCGGACUCUGACCUUACCACUGUCGAUGCCAUUGUCGAAGAGAAGCGCAAGCGAGCCAUUGCGAAGGCCGAGGAAGCUAAGCCCGCGCCUGCCGCCGCCCCCGCACCGACGAAAUCGAGCGAGAAGACGCAGGAGGCGCUCGAGGGCGAGCCGGCGCCCGGCUCCCCCGAGGCUUUGGAGGCUGAGGCCGACCAGCAAGGUGCAUUCAACCCGGAGACGGGCGAGAUCAAUUGGGAUUGCCCGUGCCUCGGCGGCAUGGCGGAUGGCCCCUGCGGUGAGGAGUUCAAGGCUGCCUUCAGCUGCUUCGUCUACUCCAAGGAGGAGCCCAAGGGCAUGGACUGCAUCGAGAAGUUCCAGGGAAUGCAAUCGUGCUUCCGGAAAUACCCCGAGGUCUACGGCGCCGAGCUGGCCGACGAUGACGAGUACCAAGAGGGUGCCGAGGAUGCCCGGCCUGCGCCCGAUGCCAACACCGACGCAACUAUUGCGCCGCCUGCCGCUUCCGCCAACGAGAAGAAGGAGACCAAGGCCGAGAUCAAGGGCGAUUCGGAGGAGAAGAAGCCUGCAGCCAAGUCGGACGCCGAGAAGCAGGACGAGGAGGUCAAGCAGAUGCCCAAGCCAGAGCCCGUCGACCUCAGCCAGCCCAACACCCCGGCGACGGACGCUACCGCCGCCAACAACAUCUAGAGAGCGAAGCAGCGUCGCUUCUAUUUUGUUCUUGUUUUCUGUCUUGAUAGAGUUUACUUGUGUGUAGAAGUACACGGGAAAGGGAUGUGGCGCACCGCAAAAAAAGGGCGGCUAAUGACACCAUGACGGGGAAAUUUCGGGCCAUAUCUCAUGUACCAUAAUCGUGUACAAAGUGUACCAGUACGAAGAAAGCAAAACAAUAGACAUCCACUUCUCCAAGCAUUGCUGUGACUUGUUUUUG